CCUGAAAACCCUAAACCCUAAAAUCAAACUUCACCACCUCCUUUAUAACAUUCUCUAAACCCCCAGUCAUCUUCUCUACUCCUCCGUCUCCCAUUCUCCUUAAACCCUAAUUUUCUCUGCAAUCUUGCUUAUUCAAAGAUGGCACCACCAGGAAGAGGAGGACGAGGUGGAUUCGGCGGAAGAGGCGGUGGUUUCGGAGGACGAGGUGGUGGCGGCGGUGGGCGAGGAAUGGGUGCGCGUGGUGGUAUAAUGAAGCCGAGAGGAGGUGGUCGAGGUGACAGAGGUGGUCGUGGAAGAGGCGGAGGUCGUGGUGGAGGAGGAAGAGGUGGAGGGAUGAAAGGUGGAAGUAAAGUGAUAGUUGAGCAACAUAGACAUAAGGGUGUUUUUAUUGCUAAGGGUAAAGAAGAUGCUCUUGUUACUAAGAAUAUGGUUCCUGGUGAUUCUGUUUACAAUGAGAAGAGAAUCUCUGUUCCGCAAGAAGAUGGAACAAAGGUUGAAUACAGGGUUUGGAAUCCCUUUAGGUCAAAGUUGGCAGCUGCCAUUCUUGGUGGUGUUGACAACAUUUGGAUUCAACCUGGUGCUAAAGUCUUGUAUCUCGGUGCUGCUUCCGGAACAACAGUAUCCCAUGUGUCUGACCUUGUUGGACCUGAGGGUGUUGUCUAUGCAGUUGAAUUCUCACACAGAAGUGGUAGAGAUUUGGUUAACAUGGCAAAGAAAAGAACUAAUGUUAUCCCUAUCAUCGAAGAUGCUAGACAUCCAGCCAAAUACAGAAUGUUGGUUGGCAUGGUUGAUGUGAUCUUUUCUGAUGUCGCUCAGCCUGAUCAGGCUAGGAUUUUGGCACUCAAUGCAACAUAUUUCUUGAAAGCGGGUGGCCACUUUGUUAUAUCCAUCAAGGCUAACUGUAUUGAUUCAACAAGUCCCGCCGAGGCAGUUUUUGCUGCGGAAGUGAAGAAGCUACAACAAGAGCAAUUCAAACCCAUGGAGCAAGUCACUCUUGAGCCAUUUGAGCGUGACCAUGCUUGUGUUGUUGGUGCUUACCGUGUGCCCAAGAAGCAGAAGAAUGCCGAGAAGUAGAAAACUCACCCAAAGUCUUAGUAUAGGCCGUGACUAUGGUCAACUUCUUGUACAACUUAGUGUUACCUAUGAAUCAUGUGAGAUACAUUGUCAGAGCCUUUUAUGUUAAAUGUAGUUGGAUCUUGGAUCAUAGAAUUUUUGCUAUCAGUGUUUCGUAAUUUAUCUCCUAUGGUUUUUGAAUGUGUCAUUUUAUUUUAUGAAUUUGUUAAUGUCGUUGAAAUAUGUAGGAUACCAGGAGUUAUGCAUCUGACCUCUUUGAACUCUCAAGACUAAAGACUCAUGUUGAUUAUA